AAGAGAAAGGCUGAGAAGGAAAAAUGCCAAUACAAUAGCACAAUUUAUCUGGGACGAAGUUGUCACGAGACAUGGAUGUUUUGCUGUUCUAGUAUCAGACAGAGGGACAGAAUUUAAGAAUAAUGUGUUGAUGGAGUUAGCAACCCAUUUAAAUGUUAAUCAACGAUUUGUAGCUAGUUAUCAUCCAGAGGCCAACGGGCGGGCAGAACUCUACGGACAUGAUGCUAUAACACCAAUUCAAUUAAUGUUAGAAACUUAUCAAAGAAUGGUUGAGGAUUUGAGAAAUACGCAAAUGGAAAAGGAUGAAUUAAGACAACAGUGGAAAGAAAUACAUGACCGAAAAUCUAAGAAAAAGGAAACUUACGAGAUUGGAGAUUUUUA